CGGCCGGGUCAAGAUUAGUGUUUCGUGAACUUCGCCCGCUGAGUGGAGUGGCGUGUCGCGCGAGAGCUUUAGUUCGCGCUCGAGACCUCGAGAGCCGCGGUGUUUGUGAGUGCGAGUGCCCUCUCGUGGAGGAGGGAGUCAAACUUGAGCUAUUUUGGCCCCUAAUUUUAUUUUCGGAGGAGUGAAGUGCUCGAAAUACUUCGACGCUGAAAACGCCUGUGACGUGAUUUGCUGCUGCUCCAUUUUGACGGGCUUCUUUUGACAGUUCACGGAUACGGCCAAACAUCAUGCGGCGACUGUCUGCACGUGCGGUGACUAGCUGAGGAGAUUCGGAAGCUUUUAGUUCAAUUGGUGAAGAGGAUGCUCAGGUCGUUUUGCUACUCUGACACGCCUCGAAAUGAAUUCAGAGCACUCCAGAAAGCUCAUCUACAAUGUCAACGAGAAACCACCAGCGUGCGUUUCAUUCACGCUGGGAUUCCAGAAAAUCCUGAGCACGCUAUGCAACACAGUUGUGACGGCGCAUCUCCUGUCCACUUCAUUUUGCAUUCUUGACGAAGAUCCUCUGAGGAGUCACAUUCUGUCAAGCAUAAUUUUCUUCUCCGCCGCCGCGUCUUUCAUUCAAAGCUCUCUAGGAACUAGGUUACCGUUAUCUUUAAACGUAAAUUUCCUUUACGUUGUAAGCGUGGUUUUGUUCUUGAGGCAAGACAAAUGUUCGACCCCAGGGGAUGUUUUCGCGAUGGGGCCCGAUGGCAGGACAAAGCUGUGGCACAGCAGGAUAGCCAGCGUUCAAGGUGCUGUCAUGUUGGCUGCUGUACUCACUGUCGUCAUCGGUUUCACCGGUUGCCUCGGGAAAAUAUUGCGGUUUGUGUCCCCGCUGACAGUCUUUCCGAUGAUAGUUUUAACAAUUUUUUCAAUUUUCAAUCUCGUCAUGGAAAAGGUGUUCCUGAACUGGUACAUCUCCGGCGGGACCCUGUUAUUGAUAGUAAUAUUUUCUCAGUACCUUAGAUCUAGUCCUCUCCCAGUGCCGACUUUAACUUUCCAAAGAGGAUGCUACAUGCACAGAACAGAAAUUUUCCAAAUUUUAGCUGUGCCUUUUGCAGUAAUACUCGCAUGGAUUAUUUGUUGGUUCCUCACAUACUACGAUGCCUUGUCCGCGAGAGACAUGGCUCGAACUGAUACUCAUGUUGCCAUUAUUUCUCACACACCCAUCAUAAAUAUAUUCAGCCCAUUUUACUACGGCUUUCCUACCCUGUCUGUCUCUUCGUUUCUGUUGAUGUUACCAGCUGUUUUGAUGACCGUCAUGGAAUCUGUCGAUCAGCAAAACGCGUGCUGUGUCUUAUGCCAAAAAAUUCCAUCUUCGAAAAUAACGCAUCGAGGGGUGCUGGUUGAAGGAGUGACCUCGGCGUUGGCGUCCGUUUUCGGAGUUCCUGCUGGAAUGAGCCCAUCACAAUCAGAUAUUGCUGAUAUCGAAAGCACCAAGGUUAGCAGUCGGUGCGUGGUGCAAGGUGCUUCCAUAAUCCUGAUGUUGAUCUCUUUGUACGGGCCUCUGGGGGCUUUUCUGACCUUGGUUCCUGUUCCUAUUAUUGGUGCGCUCAUGCUUAAUAGUUGUGUCAAUUCAUCGUGCCAAGCGCUCUCAUACUUAUGGUAUAUUGAACGAAAAUCCAAAAGAAACACAUUCAUCAUCACUGCUUCUAUUUUUCUCGGAUAUAUCAUUCCAAAUUUGGUGGCGACUCAUCCAGAGUUAGUAGAGACAUCAGUGCACUCAGUAGAUGUUGUUGAUUCUAUCAAACCCCUCUUGAAAUCGUACGUUUUCAUUGGAGGCUUGGUCGCUUUUCUUCUCGAUGUUUCGAUUCCAGCAGCCGCUCCUGGUGAAUCCGGCCUGAGUUUGUGGCGACGGAAGGUUAGUGAGGAUUUCAACUUAUCCGAGGUACGGACAUGCUCCGUGUGCCGCGCUAGUAUCGCAGAAAACGGCACCCCCACGAGUGAACACUCUAACAAUGUCAAUGUCAUCGAUGCCUGUUUCCUAGCCUGGCUCGCCUGAUCAUGCUUUUGAACGAUUUGCAAAGAGGAUCAAACGAAAUGAAUGCACAUCGUUCUUGACAAAAGGGCUAAUUGGACUGCAUCUUGCAAGUUGGAACUAUAAAUUCUGGCCCUGGUUAAAAACAACGUAUGUGCCAUUGGUUUCCCUAUGCACAUAAGUGUUUUUUCAGAUGAGUUAGAAUCUAUACUUCCAAAUUGCUAAAUGCAGUCCAAUUGUACGGACGUUUGUGCCAAAACGCAUACCUUUGCGGGACAGCAUAAAUGAAAUCCAAAAUGCGCGAUUCUGAGAAGGACUCUAAAACUCAGUUUGUGGCUCUGCUGACUUUUUAGCGCUAAUUUUAGAGCCAUUGGAGGAUUUGCAUGCAAAUUUUUAUUGCUUCAUCUGAAAGUGCUUGAAGAGCUGAUUUCACAGAAUUUUUAUAAUUUUUUUCUGAUUUGGGACUUAAUAUAAAAAUAUAUUCAAAAGGGAGAAAAUGCACCGCCUAGUGACGUCAUCUGGCGGCAUUUCCCAUUUAAAUACACGUAUUUUGGGCAGAUUAGAUCAUUUUGUUACAUCUUCUCCAGUAAUCGUUCAGCUCAUGAACCAAGGGUAUCCUCGUGAUCAGUUCACUCAGUAGUUUCCACUUGAAAUUCAUCAAAUUUCAGACACCUCUGCAAAUUCUCUAUUGUUUUCAUUAUUUUCGGCAAUUUUAAACCCAAUAAUAAAAAGAUUGAUGUGCAAUGAGAAAAAGCAUUUGCUAAUAUGAAAUCAGCGCUAAAAAGUCAGACAACGCCAAUCACAAUAAAUUCGAACCCUCUUUUUUUGAAAA